UGAAGAAAGAAGAAACGCUGCGAAAAUAGCAGGAAAAAAGAAUCGUAAGAAAAAUAAAUUUUAAAAAUUAAAUUUUCUGCAUCUAUGCGGGAUGGCAGCUUGUUUGAAGUGAAAAUUUGUUGUUUUUCGGGCGCUUUUCGGUCAGUGAAAGCAGUUGAGGGCAGAGUUCGUAAGUUGUGUGCUAGGGAGGCAAGUGCUUUGUGAUUUAGUGCUAGAAACGAAUGCCUCCGGUUGGACAAUGAUAAGCCAGGUAGCAGGGGAAGCGUCUUAUUCGGCCACCUACGUGGAAAACUAUUUGGACUCGGUUGAAAACCUUCCGGACGAUGUCCAACGGCAUCUGUCGCGGAUAAGGGAAAUCGAUGUGUUGUACCGGAACCAUCUGAGGGAUGUGAGUUUAUAUUACGAACAGUGGAGCAAUAGCAGCAGCAACGGUGCGGGGCAGUUGAAUGGUGGUGCAGGGGGAAGCGGUGGAAGUGGCGGUGGCGGAAGUGAUUCGUCCUCGACUACGCCAGCGACGGAACCCGUUAACAAUGCUACCAAACGGGCGAUUGCACGGAUUCAGCAGGGGUUAAUUGCGGCCCAGGAACUGGGCGAUGAGAAGCUGCAGAUUGUCCAGCAGCUGCAGGAUUUGAUCGAUCACAAAACGCGUCAGCUGGAUCAGGAUUUCAAGAAUUUGGGAAGCGACUUCUUUUCGCGGUUGGAUUACAAUCGAGAGGAGAAGUUAACCGAAGGGCAGCAGAAGGAGAUACGUUCCAACAGUCCUGGCUCUGCAUGUUCGCCAAACAAUGCCAACACGACGCCAGUGAUUUACUCUUCAGCUGCUGGGAAUGGCCAGAAUUCAAGUGGUUCUGGUUCGAAUGGUGGAAAUGGUUCGACAGCAAAUGCGACAGGAGGCAAUUACACCUCCAACAGUGGCAGUAAUAAUUCUGGAAAUGGCAAUGGUUCCGUUGGUAAUUCUAAUGGUGGUGGUGGUGGUGGUGGCGGAGCUAGCGGAGGCGCAGGAGCAGGUGGAGGUGGAGGUGGUGGCGUUGGUGGUGUUGGCGGUGCUGGUAGUGGAGCUGGCGGUGAACGUGGAUCCAAAAGGGCACGUCGUACUAGGAAUGAUCAGAAUAGUGGCAGUGCGAAUGGCUCAAGUACACCGAAUUCCACCUCUGGAGUACCGAUGGAUGUGGAUCCAAUUGAUACGAGCAAUAUCAAGCAAGAAGCGGGAGGGGCUAGCGGUAGUGCACAAGCUUCGGGAAGCGGAGCCAGUGGUAGCGGAACCGGAGGAAAGAAUAAUUCCGGGCAGUCGAAUAACAGUGGCCAAGGCAAGAAGGGCAACGCUGGUUCGGGAAAGAAAAAGAAGCGAAAGACCGGAAGGGGACAGGCGAGGGAAGCACGAGAGGAUACACCUCCACCCGAGGAAACCAUCGAUCCGGAUGAGCCGACCUACUGCUUGUGUGAUCAGAUCUCAUUCGGCGAGAUGAUCCUGUGUGAUAACGAUCUGUGCCCGAUCGAGUGGUUCCACUUUAGCUGCGUGGCGCUCAUGUCCAAGCCGAAGGGCAAAUGGUUCUGUCCCAACUGCCGCGGCGACCGACCAAACGUGAUGAAACCGAAGGCCCAAUUCCUGAAGGAGCUCGAACGCUACAACAAGGAAAAGGAGGAAAAGACCUAAACCUACGAAAAUCUGCAUCCUUUUUUUCGCGUAACUUAUUGUUUUUUUAGUACUUUUUUUACAAGGACUACAAAAGUCCAUCAAACUAGGAUUGUAAGUUGGAUUUUUGUACAUGGCUUGUCAUUUUGUUGCUUCAAAAAAGAGAUCAAUCUAUCUACUUCACUUUAUUCAAACCGCAUCAAUCGACAAAAAAAAAAACAAAGGAACGAGGUUGGUUCCAACUACAUUUCUUGAAUAUAUCUUUUUUAUUGAAUGACUUCUUCAAUUAAGACGUAAGAUUAUCAAGUAAGAUUUUACUAGGAUAAGGUAUUUCUAUUUUCUAGUGGAAAGUUUUCCUCUAUUUUUGGCAGGAAAAUCCACCGGUAACACUUAAGUUGCUAAAUCAGUUGAACCCUCGAUACAAAUUACCUACAAUUUUCCCAGAAAAUACUGAAACGAAACACAUCUGGAGUUAUGCAGCGAGCGUGAGAAAUACAAACAACAAACACUUAUUAUGAUUAUUGUAUUACAAAAUUGUAAGAAAAAUAAAACGAUUUGACUUUAA